UUCUUGAAUUCUCUAGAAAAGCAGGUUCAUGAUAUAACUACUGAAAUUAAUGAUAUUAUUCUAAGCCAGUACGCUGCAGAAGAUGAGAUUAAGAAGAAGGAUAAAAUAAUAGAGACUCUACUAUUUAUAUUAUUUACUAGAAUCCUGCAGGCAUUAUAUAAUCUCCGCUUGUAUAAAGAACAGUAA